CACACCAACCAGAAGCAAAAGGUCGCACUCUUUGCUUGACAACUAUUUCCAUCUAUUUCCUACAAUUGGCUUCAUACACCUUGCUGAGGUUCAGCGUUUGGAGUUACAAAGAGUUCGCAGGCGUCUGCAAAACAGCCCGUGCCACGGGAAUUAGAGCCAAAGCGUGCAAUUGGCCCUGCGAAGCAGCUGACAGUCUCGAAGGGCCAGGGAGGUUUUGCUCGCCAAGUUGCAGGCAGCGGGCGGAAGGGAGAAGCUCAAGUUCUCAGAUUUGACGAUUUGGACUGGGGCAGUUCCGGAUACAUUCGCAAGGAAGAUUUCAUGAAUGUCCUUUUGGCUUACCAAACCCAGCAAAUCACCAUCGAGAUGCCAAACGUUCACAUGGAAUCCGCCAGAGCAAAGGCAGAGGGAGCUCAGAUUUGGGGAGAGGGCGCAGGUCCAGGAGUCCUUGCGCAAGGCAAAGCAAAAGCCAAAGGUGGAUGGAAGGGGGCGAUGGACUUCGACAGAGGUGAACGUGGGCAAGAAUAUCACGUGGAGGAAAAACAGUAUGGUGCUUGUGUUCACUGCCACACUCACUUUACUGAUGACAGUAUUUACUGUCGGCGAUGUGGCGUAAAACGAUUGGAGAAAGCAUUGGACUGGGAUGAAGUGGACGAAGUGUCGGAAUCGAAGGACCCUUCGGAUGUCCACUGGGAGCCUGCAAAGGCUGACCAGACAAAAAUUCAUCCUGAGGUGCCAGGGCUAGAACGCGCACAGCUACCACAGUUGCCCUCUGGUCCCCCAAUAUCCAAGCAACAAAUGCCACCAAUGCCACCACCACCAGCUUUGAGGGGUGGCCUGGUCCAGGCGUCCAAGGAUGCAGAAGCAUCACGAGAAAGAGAACCAGAGGAGAAAGUACUAGAGGAGAAAUUCCCAUGGAAGGCCGAAGCGACUAUACCCAAGGCUGUAUCACCGGCGGUGCCGAAGACGGCGGUCAAAGAAGGGCCGAAGACUGCAGCCAAGAUGAUAUCAAAGGCAGCGCCGAAAGCCGUGCCCAAGGCGACGACGAUCAGCGCAAAGAAGUCAGAGUCACAGGUGAAGCCAGGCAUGAAAGAACAAAACAAAGCGGACGAGGUUCCAUUCAGUUGUCCCGUCACUGAUCCAGAAGGAGGCGAAGUGGGUGUUGCCAUCCGCAAUGCAAUCACUGUGAGUGAGUUGAAGGCCGUGAUAUCCAAAGAGAUGAGUAUCAAUGAAAAAGAUUUUCGAGUAGUUUUGAGCUUGGAUGGGCAGCGACGUAUUUUACAAGACAACAACGAAUUCCUGGAUGUGAACCUCUUGCGGAGAGCAGGGCUGACUGUGGAACAGCCAGUGGACAUUGACGUGGUGGGAAUCGAUGGUAGCCACAUCAAUGUGAAGGCAGACCGUUCAUGGAGUUCUUCUAAGUUGAUUGAAGUAGUUUCAGACAAGGCUGGCUUCCCUGAGGACCAAAUUGUGCUGAAACUCGGCCGCAACCCAUUGCUGUCUUCCGAUGAUUUGCUGGGUGACGUCUUGCCAGCUGGUCCCAAGCAAGAACUCAUUGCAACGCGGCCGCUGGAUGUCAUUGUUUCAGACGACAGUGGUCGCAGGUGGGUGAUUUCUGCAGAUCGCUCUUGGAAACUUCAAAAGGUGCAGCAGAAGCUGAUGGAAGAGUCAGGGUAUGCUAUAGAAGAGCAGACACUCCAGCACGCCAAACUUAGCGCAGAUGGCACGCUCCCAAACUUGGAUUCUGAGAUGGAAUUGGACAACGUUCUGGCAGAAGGCCCCGAGGUACACAUGCACUUGCUUGUUGACUACAAAAGGUUUAUGGACCGAGGAGUCGCUGAAGCUCGAGAGGCCGAGGCCCAGCGCAGGAACCAAAUGCUGCUUGAAAAUGCGCCAGACUUCAAUGUUGGGCCGCUGAGGAGCUUAGAACACAUUGCCAUUGAAGAUCGCGCGCUUCUUCCAUGGGAAGGGCAGGAUUACCGAAACCAGAUGUGGAAAUAUCCACCUCACUCAUUGGACUACACUCGCUUGCUCGACAGGGCACCGCAGACAAUUGAAUUCUCCGCGCUGCUGGCAGAUCCGCCUUGGCGUGAGCCAGCGACAACGCAGGGAAAGCAAUCACCGCAUGCCAAAGAUAAAGACGGCCAAAGUGGUCGGGUUACAAGUCCACACAGACCAUUCUCCAUCCAGGAUAGAGCGAGACAAUCGACAACAAUGCCACUUGAGAAAGGCUUUGUGGAGAUCUCCAAAGACCUUGAUGAUAGUGAGCAGCUCAGCUCCAAAAGUGAGGAAAGCCAGGAGGAGUUUGAGGAGCAACCUGGGCACGAAGAAAGCGGAGGGUCCCAGGGUAGCAUUGAAAGGUUUCAAUUUAAGAGAAGCCAUGGAAGCGAAGAAAGCCAAGAGGAAGGCCAAGAGAAGGAUAAGUUUUUGGAAGAGAGCUUUGGCCGAGAGUCCAGUGAGAACUUGAGCGAGGCUGGUCAGGAACAAAACGCAAGCACUGGGGUGUGCAAAGGGAAGGCAAGCGACACCGGGGGUUCCACACACUGUAUGACUUCUUCAUUAGUGCAGUGGGGCGGGUUCCAGCAUUUGCGUCAAUCAGUGGCUCCUGGUGCUGGAACGAUCAUAUUCGUAAACCCAGCAGAUCAUCCAGGCAUUGGCACAGCAGGAGGCAGCAGAUCAGCGGCUCAGCGGGUUUUACGACGUCAGCGUGUACAAGAUGUCAGAGCUGGUCACACAGAGACCUGGCAGCCAGUUGCAAGUUCCAAUUCUUUGCAGCCACAUAUUCGACACAAAGUUUUAGAAGAGCUUCGGCGAACAGAGACCGAAGCUCCUCAGUUUGGAGAUUCAUGUGGUGAUGAUGUCGAUGUGGGUGACUCAAGUCCAGCCCCCAAAUUCACCUUCUAUGUGAACGAUUUGCAAGCGCCGCCUGUGCAUUCUACAAGUCAGGAAGUCAGAUCGAAUCCAGUGCCAUUUUGGCCAUGCCGCAAACAAGGUGCUGGUGGCAAGCCUAUGCUGCUUCCAGCAAGUGCACCCUGGGGCGCAUUUGCUGUUCAGGUUUCAGGCCAUGUGGAAGAAGAUGCAAGGGGAUGAAGCUCUGGGCAUGAAGUCAGGGGUGUCUGCAGAACUUCCAGAAAGAGGGGCCCAACUUUGUGGCUUCAACGCGUCCGCCUCGCUGGAUUGCGCAAUUCGUCGACCUUCAGCAUGCGCAUCUCACUCGAGCCGAUGGACGGUACGGUGACCGUACUUCACGCAUUUCUACAGAAAAGACGGGGAUGACACUGCCCCGCCUUUAGGCGGUUCUUCUUUACGCAGUAAAUCUGCAGAAAGUGAAUCUGCGAGGUAGAUAAAGGCUUUGCGUUCCAUCAUGAUCAUGCAGAAUAUGAUGCAUUGAACUGCUAAACCGUUCAGUGCAAGUUUGCAGCGCGCAUUUCCCAAUAUUUGUUUGAAACGGGAGGUCCACCUGGAUAGACUUGAGGCUUGCCGCAAGUUUCACUGAGUGACGGAGGUUCAAAAAAGAUGUCAAAAAGUCCGCGCAGGCGCUUUUGGGUGUAGGAUUUGGUGCAGAAUAACAGAUUCCAGAUCUGAC